CGGGCGCCCCGGCCAGCCGCGUCGGUUCCUCCCCGCGCCCCCGCCCGCCCGGACGCCUCCAGUCGCUUCCGUCCUCUCGGCACCGCUGCUGUCCUCGCUAGCCCCGCGUGGGAGGACGAUGGGUCAGCGCGGAAAAAGUGAAUGAGGACGGCGGCGCCGCAGCCAGCGCCUCACUCCGCCGGCAGAGCCCCGCGCGCAGCCCGCCGGCUCCAUGGACGCGCCGCGCGCACUGGCGGCCAAGCCCCCCACCGGAAGGAAGAUGAAGGCCCGUGCUCCACCACCUCCUGGAAAGCCUGCUGCCCAGAAUGUCCACAGUGAACAGAAACUGCCUCAUGAUGCCACACUGGGUUCACAGCAAAGCCUGAUCCACAUGAAGGAGGCACUACAGAACAGCACCUUGGAUAUCACUGUGGUUCUGCCCAGUGGACUAGAGAAGCAGAGUGUGGUCAGUGGGAGCCAUGCAAUGAUGGACCUUCUGGUUGAACUCUGCCUUGAGAACCAUCUGAAUCCUUCUCACCAUGUCCUGGAGAUCUGGUCUUCUGAGACCCAACAGCCUUUGAGUUUUAAGCCAAACACUUUGAUUGGGUCCUUGAAUGUACACACUGUACUUCUGAAAGAAAAAGUCCCCGAAGAGAAAGUUAAACCUGGCCUAACGAAGGUGCCUGAGAAGUCUGUGCGACUGGUAGUGAACUACCUGCGAACACAGAAAGCUGUCGUGCGUGUGAGUCCUGAGGUGCCACUGCAAAACAUUCUUCCAGUCAUCUGCGCAAAGUGUGAGGUCAGCCCAGAUCACAUAGUUCUGCUCAGGGACAACAUUGCCGGGGAGGAGCUGGAGCUGUCCAAGUCCCUGAAUGAACUGGGCAUAAAGGAGCUGUAUGCGUGGGACAAUAGAAGAGAAAUGUUCAGGAAGUCAUCACUUGGCAAUGAUGAGACAGAUAAAGAGAAGAAAAAAUUUCUGGGGUUUUUCAAAGUUAAUAAAAGGAGCAGCAGUAAGGCUGAGCAUCUCGGUCUGUCGGGUACAGACAGUGAUGAGGACCCCUUGAAGUCAGUGUCUGGAGGUGACGUGAACGGCUGCAUAACAACACCCAACUCACCAUCCAUGCACUCUAGAUCCUUGACCCUGGGUCCCUCCCUUUCCCUGGGGAACAUCUCUGGGAUGUCUAUGAAGUCAGAGAUGAAGAAGCGCCGAGCUCCUCCUCCCCCAAGUCCAGGGCCCCUCGGUCAAGAAAAGACAUCGGAAAAGGCCUCCCUCAGCUCACAAGCUGAUCUGCAGAAGAAGAAGAGGAGGGCACCAGCUCCUCCUCCACCACAGCCACCCCCACCAAGUCCUGUGGUCCCCAACCGCAAAGAGGAUAAGGAAGAGAACAGGAAGAGCACCAUGGGUGUUGGACGUCAGGUGCCACAAAAGCCUCCCAGAGGCACAGCUCGGGGUCCACCCCAGUUAGUGCUUCCCCCGCCCCCACCCUACCCUCCUCCUGACACAGAUGUCAUAGAGCCUGUCACCUUUCCUGGGGAAGGCGCUGGUUCCGAGACCUCAGAGCUGAAACCCAAACUGAGUCUGCCUCUGGGGCCUGGCAGCCACUACAGCAUGGGUGGAGUCUCACAGGUUCCACUGGAGGCUGAGGAGACAGCAUCUGUAGGCAGCUGUUUUGCAUCAGAGGAUACAACCGAGGACUCAGGGGUGAUGAGCUCUCCCUCAGAUGUCAUCUCUCUGGACUCACAACAAGACAGCAUGAGAUCCAAGGAUAAAUGGUCCACUGACCAAGAGGACUGCAGUGACCAGGACCUGGCUGGAACUCCAGAACUGGGUCCCCAAAAGAGCCCGUCAUGGGGGAAAAAUAGCUCUGGGAAUUUAAUUCUCAGAACGGAGAAAGCCACCAUGCCCCCAAAUGAUGAAGAAGACAUAUUCGUUACUGGACACUUGAAUCAAACCCUGGCGGAGCUUGAUGACAACCUGGAAGGAAUGGAAGAAAAUUAUGAAACAGAUACCAGCUCCCUAACCAACUCUAUAAAUGGUGUGUCUAACCACAGUCUGCAAGAAGCCAUAAUCUCUGAUAGUGGUGUGGAUGAUAUCCCGGUCACAUUUAUUGGGGAAGUUUCUGAUGAGCCUUUUGACUCGGGGCUUUCCUCCAGUAGAAGCAACAAUGCUGUUAUUUUUAACACAGGGGGUGUUGCCAGCCAAAGAUCUCACCUGCCCCCAUUUCAGACUGAGCAUAGCCAGCCAUAUGUAAGGACAAAUAGAAAAGAGCCUGACCUCUCCCCUCCUUCCCAAGAUAUCAGAAAGAGAAAUCAGCCAACCUUAGCCAACACAUCUGAAGAUGAGACUCCAGUUGAAAUAGAUGCCAGAGUAACAUCAUUUGUUUCAAAGCUUUUUAUAGAUGGCCUAAAAGCAAAGGAUAAAGGCAAGGUGUGUGGGUCCACUCACAGUGAGAAGACUCAGGCAGGUCACAGAGUAAACUCCCUGCCAAAGAAUCCAAAAGAUGGUGAAGAUGAAAACAACUCAACAUUCCCACCAUGGUCUCAUCGUGGCCAGACCUCAGGGGGAAGCUAUGGACUCAAGCAUGGCCUCACUACAUAUAAAAUUGUUCCUCCCAAAUCAGAGAUGAGAUGUUAUGACAGGGAUGUGUCCCUCUCCACUGGUGCCAUUAAGAUUGAUGAACUAGGGAAUCUGGUGAGUCCUCAUGUGAAUGGGAGCAGGACCAUACCCCAGUCAUCAGCUGUUGUUGAAACAGACGGUCAACCUAUUGGAAAAGUCAAAGAGUUCUGGAGGCGCAACUCAAUGGAAAAGCUUCUGAAUGGGCCGGCAGAGUGUACGGCCAAAAAAUACCCCUCCACCACCACCACUGCCACACCCACAAAACCACAGCAAGAUAAUGGAAUGAAGACAGCCUUCACACUGACCGCUCCUCAGCAGCAGCCUGCCACACAGGAAUAUGGGGCACACCUGGAGGAAGAGAGAAACCGGCCACGUUCAACAGUCUCCUGUCAUGUGAAAGUGCCAGCAGCUCAUCCCACAGAAGUCACAUUCCUCAAGCCCCAGAGAAGAACAUCCAGCCAGUACGUGGCCUCUGCCAUUGCCAAGAAAAUGGGGCCUCCAAAAGUCCACGCAGAUGUGGUGAGACCACAUAAGAAGACUGCUGAAAAGGGCCAUGAAGAACCAAAGCUGCCUAGACCACCCCCCACCGGGAAAGAUGAUGCAGCUCCCAACCCGCACUCAGAGGCACAGCAGCAUGAGCAUGAGACAAACCAGGGCUCUGUCUGCCUUUCCAGUACCCCUGGUGUGCAGCUGCCAACCGGAGACCAUCCCAGAGUAAAGACUAGCAGCACAUAUGGGAAGUCAUCCACUCAAGACUGUCCUGCUGCUGUCCACAGAAACUCCUAUUUCCUCCCAGUCAGUUCUUCCCAGAGGGAUCAUGUUUCUGUGGGACAGAGCUGUGGUUUCAAUGAAAAGCAAACUACAAGUAACCAAAAGGCGAGCUCAACAUCUAACCCCACACAGGCGCUGGACAAGGCUCACCCGCCCCCUCCACUCUUGGCAGAGGCCCAUGACUCUGGGAGGAUACUGAUGAAUGGCUCUGCAUGGGUUCCAGGAAAUUAUGAGCCUCCCCACUCUCCAAAAGAGUCCAGCCUGACUAGCUACAUCAUCUUACAGACAGAGGAAAAGCCCAGUCCGUUAUCUACAGAUGGUCAGGACGCAGAUGCUGCUCUACCAUCCAGCAUUUUUGGGCCAAAGAAAAAAUUCAAGCCUGUUGUUCAAAGGCCAGUUCCAAAAGACACAUCCCUGCACAGUGCCCUGAUGGAAGCUAUCCACUCAUCAGGAGGGAGGGACAAGCUCCGCAAGACUGCAGAACUCACCUCAGAAGGAAAGCCAAAGAAGCCAUCCUACAUGGAGGCAGAGAGCGAGCGAUCUGCCCUUCUGGCAGCCAUCCGGGGCCACAGUGGAACUCUCAGCCUAAAGAAGGUGUCUUCGCUUGCCUCUGAGGAGCUCCAGAGCUUCCGAGAUGCUGCACUCUUGGCUCCAGGUUUGGACAAAGCUCAGCAAGAAGACCCUGGCCUCCCACCACCACCUGCCCUGCCACCACCACCCCCUCCAGCCUCCCAGGCUCCAUCAGCUCCCAUAACGGUUUCUAGGUUCAGCACUGCCACCCUCAGCAACACAGUGGAUGCCAGGCAAGCCUUGAUGGAUGCCAUCCGCUCAGGCACGGGAGCCGCAAGACUCCGAAAGGUUCCCCUGCUCGUGUGAGGUCCCUGCCACCGCAAAGACCACCUGUACAGCUCCAGGGAUCAUCAGUAAAGGAAUCCAUGUGACAGGAAACGAAGCCAUCAAGAAGUGGUGGUACUUUCCUGUGUCCAGGCCAACUUGCCCACAGUGGAUUUUCAGUGUUCCUACAUAAUGGUCAAAGGGGAAAUACUGCUUUGCUGUGUGCCAAGGAUAUGUGAUCUGCCUCUGAACGCUCACAGUUGCCAAUAAACUGCUCUUGUUGGCAGGGGAAUGGAAAUACACAGGCUGCAGCCCAGCACCCACAUUUGAUUAUAGCUUGGGCACAAGGAAGCACACCUUACAAUGAUUUUUGAGAUUUUGACCACAUAUACAUGCUAAAAUCAUUUGUUUAAGAUCUUUUGAAUUUUAGGUGGGCAAAAGUAUAAGUCCACAGAAAUUGUCAGAAUCUAUCACGAGCUACGGGAUGCUGUUUCCGGAGAAAGAAGAGCGAUGGAAAAAGGCCACUAUGAGAUGACUUUCACAGGACAGUAAAGCAUCAGAUCUGUAUUCCUCACACAGGGAAGCCUCGGGCCUCACAGAUAAUCUUGGAACGCGAUCUGACCAACAAAGCUUUUAAAAUUCCAACCAGUGAGGCCCAGAGCAGCAUCCCUACUUGACCAUGUGGGCAGGAGAUUCCUGGAUCCUUACAAGGUGAUGGGAAGCAAAGAUUAGAACACUGGAAGGGCUGUCCUUUUUUGUAUAUCUUGUGUCCUGCUUGUAUAGUUUUCCGCCAGUGCCCCAGCAGGCUAUGAAGUACAUCGGGCCCCUGUUGAAGGAGCCUUGCAUGGAGCCUGAGACUUCACCAGUAGCCUUCUGAAAUCCUGCAGGGGGCUAGAGAGAAGGGUGUUGGGCACAUGCAUGUCACAGAGGGCAGUCCAAAUUGUGCUGCAUAUUCUGUGGCUUACAUUUUAUCCUGACACACUUUGUCAUGGUCCAGCAGCUGCCCUGGUAUUAUAUAACAUUCUUAUAGUACAUUGUGGGUAGACACAAUCUUUAAAGAAUUUAAGCUCAGCAGGAUGUUUUUUGUGUGUGUAUUUUUUAAUGUGUCUCUAAAAACCCUUUUCUUAUAUGGAGAAAAUCAAAACAGCAAUAGAAGUCAAAAUGAGUUCAUGAUAUAAAAUCUCUGCCUUAGUGAAAAAAAUACAUGAAAUAAUUUUACUGUUUCACCCUGUUUCAAAUCUAGGCAUCGGGUAGAAUGAGAACUUGGUACUAUGUGAUUAACAUUGCUAAACUUUCUCAGUGAGGCAACAGUUACCAGCCAAUUGCUCUUAGUCACAGCUGUCUGUUGUUUCUCUUAGUGCCACAAAUAAAUGCAAAUCCAAUCCUGUAA